CUGAUUGCAGGGUGUUUCUUCCCCGAAUCAGAGUUAAGGCCGUUUUUCUACGAUGUUGAUGGAGACGUUCGAGCUGGAACAGUAAUUGCCGAAUCUGUCGUUAAUCCUCCUGAUGCUGAGAUUUUGCUAGCAUCUGUGAGGGCAAAAAUACCGCUUGGAGUAAGUCUAUUUUACAUAUUUUUUAAAUUUAGUUCGAAUGAAUGGCGAUUCGCGCUCAUCUAUGUUUCUCCAGUGACAUUUUCCGGAGUGGACUCAGUGCAGGUGUUCGUGACGGUCGUAUGCAAUGGUGAAGCGUUUCCUUUAUUCAGUCUCAUAAUUCGCACGAGGAUGAUCACCAGCCCGCAGUUCUACAACGAGCCCUACCAUCUCGAAGUGAACGAGGUAACGUCAAUCUUAAACACUCCCGUGGUCGUUAUUGACUGGGACUCUGAGCUCACACCGCCGAAGAUGUAUAUUGAGGUGCUGAUAGAUAACGAAAUCCAAAGUUUUUGGCGUAAAAAUCGAAAACGAUUUCAGUGGACGAAGAUUGACAUUCUGAAUCCGGACGGCACGUUCGAGAUUCAUCAGGAUUCCGGCAACGUCUACAUUCGCGACAAUCGAUUCAUGGACCGUGAACUGCUUGCAAAUCUUGAUUUGGUCGCUAAAAUUCGUGUAGGUUUCACUGCGGCCCAUAGCACACACUUCAUCAUGAUGUCGCUAUUUAUUCUCGGUAGUAAAAGCGAUGGUAUUCGGUUUGCUAAACCAGCAGAUGAGACCUCAGAUGGACAACGUGAGUUGUUGGCAAAUAUCGUGCUGCUUCAGGCGCAAUCCGUCGUCACCGUGCAUCUGGAUGCGCAGAAGGACAUCACGGACGCUUCACCGCGCUUCGAACGUAGUCGUUAUGUUUUCCGUACUCCCGAAAAUCUACCGCCUGCCGUCAUCGGAGUGGUUAGGGCCUACCACGUUGCUCUCUCUUCAAGGAAUUUCUCACUUCGGUAUGAAAUGAUUUCUAAUAAGGGACCAAAAGUGCCUUUUCGAUUGCAUCCAGUUUCUGGAGAAAUCGCCACCGAAAGCGCACUCGACCAUGAAUCCAAACAAAACUACGAACUCAAGAUUCGAGCCUGCUUGUCGGUGAAUCCGAACAGUUGCGGCUACACCUCUGUGGUGGUGAUCGUAGUUGAUGUCAAUGACAACGCGCCUCGAUUCUCCUCUCCACAGUUCCAAAUCUCGCUCCCAAGUGAUCUUGCCGCUAACUCUGAGGUCAUCACCUUGUUGGCAACUGAUUCUGAUUCUGGACCGAAUGGCGAAAUUGACUACUUUAUUAAUCCUCCUAAUGCGGUGUUCGUCAUCGGUAGACGCUCUGGGGUGGUGCAAACGAUCUCGGCGUUGACGGAACCGCGCUAUGAUCUCGUUGUCGAGGCAGGGGACCAUGGUGUCCCCCAACUCCACGGUUCUACUCGGCUCACCAUAUCCGUCCACGGCACAAACCCUUCCGCUCCGGUGUUCGAUCAGAAGCGUUACGAAAUCAUCCUAAAUUCACCAGUACGGGCCGGUUCGGUGGUUACCGAACUCCAUGCCAAAGAUCCGGAUCCUGGACCAGAAGGACAGAUUAUUUACCGGUUGGAAUUCAGUCCUGGCGGCCAAAAUUAUAGCUCUAAAUUUUCAAUCAACGAGCAGACAGGUGUUAUUUCUGCAAUCCAACGAAUCACUUCCGAAGACGGACCCUUCGACUUUCUUGUGGUCGCUGAAGACCAAAGUACUGUCUUCAAAAGAAAGGUGGACGAUAUUGAGCUUGCCAUAAUGGUCGGUGACUCGUCUUUGCGAUUUCUUCCGCUGCCCUCCACCAUCUACAUCUCUGCGGAGAAGGCAGUAGGCAGUGUCGUUUUAAGGGCAUCCGCUUACACCAGUUCGUCGAUUCCUGUUCACUUCCGUGUUUUGGAGAACGAUAGGCAAUUCAUAAUGGACGGCGAUCUGCUGCGGGUAGCUACUCAUCUGCUGCCGGGCGAGACGCACCUGACGGUAAGGGGCGAGACCGAGAACGUCCACUCCGAUCACCGUCUCCGAAUCGUCGUCAUGUCCGACCGUGACAAAUAUCCCGUAUUCCCACAGUUGAUCUACGACAUUGACUCCCGAUUUCCACUAGUUGUUCAUCGCUUCGACGCUCGAGUACUGAACGGCACAGUUCGCUACCGGUUUUUCCCGGAUGGCAACGCACCCGAAGGUCUUCAUCUCGACCCCAAUACGGUUUGUUGGUCCUAUCACAUCUACUUGACUUACACCCCCUUUGAAUUUUUGUCAUCAAAUAUGGAGGCGGUCACGAAGGUGCAGUUGAAAGUCAAGGAUGUGAACGAGUACGUACCGAAAUUCGAGCGAAAACUCUACGAGGUGAGGAUCGGAGAGGACAUCGCAGCCGGCAGUCCGAUUGUGCGCCUCAACGCCACCGACUUGGACAAAACCGAUGGAAGCCAUCUGCUCUACAAAGUUGUCGGAGGUUCUGGAAGGAAUCUAGUAUUCGUACAAGAAGAUGGCACAUUAAUAUUGAGCGAUGCACUACUGGGUGGAGAAAUACCGAUGUCGUUCACAGUGGUGGUGGAGGCAAUCGACAAAGGCGGAAAGCGAGUAAGUCGAACGAAGCACGUUGUGUUGACCGACGUAAACGACAAUCGUCCAGUAUUCGCUUCACCGUCACUGACGUGGAACGUGACCGAAGGUUCGUUUGCACUCCUACGCAUCAUCUCUCCUCUCGACUACGAGGCUAAACCCUUCUUUAAUCUCGUCAUAGAAGCUGCAGAUCGUGGCAAUCCACCACAAAUGUCCACCGCUUCCGUUACUGUGAAUGUUAUCAACCUGGCUGCAUUUGCAAACACUGAGCUUCAGCUUUAUUGUCGAGCAUUUCAGGUGUCCGCCGAUUUGCCCAUAGGUCAGCCACUACUCACUCUUGCGGUUAAUGACGCCGACCACGACCGCCUCUCCUUCUUGCUUUCUGGAGAUGCGGCUUGCUCCUCACUAACCGUUAAUCCUCUGGGAGUUGUCGCCUUCUCAAUACCGGUAUCAAAGAGAAAAACUGGGAUGAUCAAUUGCGUCGUCUCAGCUACUGAUGGAGUCCACGUAUCAAAUGCCACAACUUCUUCGUUUGUUCUAGACAUCGUCAAUGGAAACUUUGAAAAAAAAGUGAUUUUUAGGAAGUCAUUGGAACAGAAUCACUCACCUCGCUUUGCCAAAGAACUCUACACGUUCGUCCUCAACUCUUCUCAAAAUGGUGAGCUUCUUGAGAAGGUCACCGCAGUGGAUCAGGAUGGAGAUGUAAUUCGCUAUUUCAUCGAACCACCGGAAUUAAGAAAUCUCUUUGCGAUCGACGCGGAGGGUCAACUUUCUGUUCGUGUCCCGGUCUUCGCCCUCAAGCAGGCGCUCUACAGUUUCCUCGUAAUAUCCGAAGACAAUGGCAAACCAGUUAUGUCUUCAUUCACUAAUAUUCGUGUGCUGAUUCCGGAAAACGACGUUUUGGGAACACGUAACUUGCUUGAGGACACCUCAUCAACAAUGACUUCUGCAGGAGAUGGAUCUUUCCAGAAUAAUACAGAAAGUUCAGGUGUUUUAUUGACUUCGGUACCAUUUGUGGUGUACAUUACGGCAACAUCGGAUUCAAGCGAUCUUUCAUCUACCGUUACCUCUUUGGAGCAGAGUUUCUAUACGAAGGAUACUACAUUUUCCACUCUUUCAACAACUGCAAUCUCUUUCGAGACCGAUACAGCCACUGUAACUACGACUGCUGAUGUUUCAUAUAGCCAAUCAUCCACUGCCAAUGAGGCGUUUGGCUUUUCUCAAUCCAUCUACUUUGCUUUCGUUCCCGAAGGAGAAUACACGAAUGGGAUCCGUGUAGCGCUGAAACCGGAAGCGCUUUCGGUCAAUAAAAAUACGUCGGUUAAGUUUGAGAUUUCUGACAACGUCAGAAACAUGCCGUUCUUCCUCACUGCGGACGGUCAACUCAUCGUUUUUGAUGUCGACAGAGAAUCACGCGCGGCCUACAGUUUUCCCAUUAAGGCACAGGCUCUGCUGAACGUCACCGUCCUGGAUAUCAAUGAUAACUAUCCCUUAUUCGAUCCCGCACCCUCGAUCAUCGGUGUCUUCCGUGACAUUGCCAUUGGGGUGCCGCUCCACAGAUUCACUGCACGUGAUCUCGAUACUGACAAUUAUGGUAACGUUGUGAUUUUAAGUAUUUCUCCACAAACUGCUAUGGAUGCUUAUUUUACAGGUGGUAUCCUCUUCGUGUCUGGAUCUUUGAAAUCAACUUCAGAUGACGAGUUUGCGAUUACGGUGUUUGCGAGAGAUGGUGGGAGACCUUCUCUGAAAUCCACGCAAAAGGUGAGUACAAUUUCAGAUCUACUUCGUCUCCUCUUCUCUUGUUCAGCUUCCAUAAAAUAUAGCAGGGCAAUUUUAAAAACGAUAUUCAUUUUACAUGAAAAAAACCUUAUAGCAUUACCCACAGUUUUUAUUUCGAGAAACACGUUUCCUUUCAGCGGUUUAUUCAAAAUAGAAGACGGUGGACGGGUGAUUCUGAAUCGAGUACCGACGAAUAGUGAGAAAAAUCGAUACUUCCAACUAAAUAUAACUGCUGAAAACAGCUAUGGCACCGGUUCAAUGGAUGUCUUCAUUGAAAGUCAAACAUCAAGUACCACUCAAGAACGCAGUAGCACGUCCAGUUGUUAUUUCCCCACCAAAGUCUACAACACAGAAAUCUUGGAGAAUCGUGAUGGUCGUAACAGAAUCGCUAAAGUCACGUCAACUUGUGAAAAGAACGGGCAACCAUUCCAAUACUCGUUCUCAAAGCCCACAGGUUUGUGUUCUUUUAUGCACUUUCUUCCUAUCAAGAAAAUCUUUGCAUUUUACCAGGAGCUUAUGAACAGAAUAUUUAUCGCUUCUCCAGAAGUCUAUUUUCCAGAAGCUAAGAAAAAACUGACUAAAUUCGAAACGCUGGUUGUGGUGAGGGUGCUCGACGAGAACGACAACGCUCCAGUAUUCGUACGUCUAAACUCUGAUCAUUCAGUCACAGGUGUCGUUCUCUGGCAGGCUCAUUUGAAUCCUUAUUUACAGGCCAAGGAUAACGACGAACAGCCGCAAUUGUCGUACUCGCUGAGCGGUGGUGAUGCGGAGUACUUCUUUGUAAACGCUACCACUGGAGUUGUAGUGCUAGCGAAAACGAUUGCCGACUAUACAAAAAACCUACUGACAUGCACCGCCACUGUUACCGACGGCAUUCAUCGCAGUGACGUGCAAGUUGUGAAGAAUAGUAGUGUGGAAAACGUAGGCAUGGAAUCAGUUGUUCUUUGUUCCCUUCACCACAUCCUCGCCUCUGCCAAAAGCUCACCAAGCCCCUCAUUUCCACCUACUCAACUCUGA